AUGGUGCUCUACGAUGUCCGUCCGCCUUCCGAGGUUGAGCCUGGCCUAUUUGUCGCAGAUGUUCUUAAUACCUACCAGGAAUUUGUCCUACAUGAUAAUCACAUAUCAGGCGUGGUUUCUUUGGUUGGGAACGGCUGCUCACUGUGGCAGCAGCAAAAAUUUAAGCGACAUGUUAAACAUCAUCUCUGGAUAAGAUGUGACGACACAACGACACAAGACCUCAUCAAACAUAUGAAUGUCUUUUGUGACUUCCUCGAUGAAGUGUACGCUACUCCUCGAGAUUCAACUGCAAGCCCGGUGGAUAGCGAAUAUAAGGGCAAAUUUGGAUCCGACUGGCUCCCAUUUUUCACUACAGGUGGCUUCCAUAGCACCGAUGUGAAUCUUCAGCUAGUACAUCGCAAAUUCGAAAGAACGGGUGGACAUGAUGACGACGGAGAAGCCCCUGACACUAAUGUUAUCCUUGUGCACUGCGAGAGAGGAAUAUCUCGCUCCCCUACCAUGGUGAUUGCCUAUUUGAUGCGGAAAUAUGGCAAGAGCCGUGAUGCUGUGCUGGCGGAUGUGAAAGAAAAACGGAAGAUCCGGCCUAAUCAGGGCUUCUUAGACCAGCUGGAAGUAUGGGAGCAAGUGGAAUACCAGCCAUGGGAGGAUAGGGAGAAGACGAUCCCCAAAGCUCCUUAUAAGGCGUACCUGGAGAGGAGAGCAGUGCUACUCAAGGAGAAGGGUCUAACGGGAGACGAGCUGCCGGGGAUGCAGACCUUGGAUUUUUAA